GAUUGAUCAACCCUACAAUGAAUAUGAUUUUGUGUUGGCGAGGUUGUGAGCGUCGAAAAAAUCUGGGCAGACCAAGGCUUCUGGUACACUCGGAAGCGACGACCGUAAUUAAACAGCUCUCAAAAUGCCUAUGAUACAGGAAGACAGUAGACCUGGCAAUCAGGCCGCGUCGGGUGAUUUUGGGUUGAGGUUUCAAGUUACAGGUCGGGUCAUGUUGGGUUGGCUUAAUUUAGGUCAAAUAUUGAUCCAGCCCAUUUAGUUUUGGGUCGGGUUACAUGGCAUUUCGCGUUAUGAGCGCUCACAGAAACAGUAUGAAACAUGUUUCAUAUUUUUUAAAAGAACAAAAAUCUUCACAUAUGCAUGACAAUAGUUUACCUAACACAUGCCAAUUAACAUAUUCUCAAAUCUUCCCAUGGAGAUGAAAUGAAACACAAAUGAUACAAAUCGUCAAAAAACAAAUCCCAAGAGUAAUACUACUACAAGAAACACAUGAUAUUUGAUUAUCCUUAACCUCCAAACAUGUUUUUCAAAUCCUUGUCAAUUCUUUUAAACAUCUCACCAAUUUGUAAGUGAUUUUAUCAUUUUGAUAGUUACAUAUGGAAUGGAAGGGAGCCAACCCGACCCAAAAAAUCACGGGUUAAUUGGGUUUGGGUCUUUUGAAUUUUUGGUUAUAAAACUUUCUAUCUUUCGAGCGGGUUUGGAUCGGAUCAUAAUUUAUCAGAUCUAGAAGACGGGCAAGCGUGGUAUGCAAAGUGAGUUUUACAUAGACGAGCAUGUGAGGCGACUUGAAUGUUUGUUCGUUAAAAAUCAAAGUAAAGGGACUAGUUUGUAAACGGACCAAACUAGAAGCGGGCAAUGCAUGAUUCGUGGUUUUUUUGUUUUCGAAGCAAAGUUCAUUGAUGAUUCAAUUAACAAGCCCGUAGUCUCAGCUGAAUGUUCAAUCUUUAGCAACGAACAAAGUUCCCAUACUUCCAAAUGGUCGUAAAUCGUAUAUAUGCUUUCGUGGCAACUGCCAACGGCCUCUCCCUGCGAAAAAUAGGAGAAAGGCAAGGAACGAAUUUGAGUUUUAAUGAAUUUCUCCCUGAAGCUGCGACGUUUCCCCGCUCCGUCGACACAGUGAAGCGCCGAAGGGACGUUCCUCUCAUUUCCGCCGUCGCCAUUCUUCUCAGGUACUCAUUUCUCCCUGUCUCUCUCUCUCUCUCUCUCUCUCGGAGGAAUCAGGAAGCAAUUGCGCCCUGAUAUGCAUGCACGGGAAUGAAAAAUGUUCAGAUGAUGAUUUGAUGAUGAUCGGUUUAGCUGGCUAAGGGACAUCGAAGCAGAAGAAAGAAACAAUGGGGUCAAGAAACACUGAUUCUUUUCAACUGGGGAGGAGCCCUUCCAUCAAGUCAUGCUUCCCCGACACAAAAUCGACGGAGGGUUCAGAGUACAGAUCCGAUCUUAGGUCGGCCCUCCACCUCAAGUCGUAUUCCUGUGAUGUGAGGGAUCUCUCUUUCCCAGACUUCUCUCCCAUGUCUUCCCUGCCUCUACAUCGCUCCUCUAAUGUCGUAAUGUAUGACAACGCACUCUACACCAAUAAUCGGGCCCCAAAUUUGGAGCCCUCGGGUUCGCCUUUCUCAGGGGUACGGCGAAGCCUGGACAAUAAUCACCCUCGCGCUUCCCCUGCUCGGACCUCCGGGGAAUGUAAGGUCGCUGGGUUCGACCCUCUCCUGACGUUGCAGGCCUCUAAUGAGAAUUCAGCGCUAGAGAUGACGGCUCCAAGUGACAACAAAUAUGCAGAUGGAGCCAAGUUAGCCUUAGGGGACAAAAGAUUCAAGGGCCAUCCUAGGCACGUUCCGCUUUACCUUGCUGCGCUUAAAGGCGAUUGGAAGACGGCUAAGGCUUACCUGCAAUGGCACCCCACGUCGAUUCGUGCUUACAUCACAAGGGGGCUAGAAACUGCGCUUCACAUUGCAGCUGGCGCGAGGCACAUUGUGUUUGUUAGGAAGCUGGUUAAGAGGAUGACGGCAGAUGACUUAGCUCUGCAGAACAAGGUAGGGAACACGGCGCUGUGUUUCGCUGCAGUCGCUGGUGUCACGGAGAUCGCCAAAGUGUUGGUGAACAAGAACAGAAGCUUGCCACUACUGAGAGGCAGUAAAGGAGCCACGCCGCUCUACAUGGCUGUGCUUUUGGGGAAAAGAGAUGUGGCUUGGUAUCUUUACUCUGUUACAGAAGACAGUGCUCUUUCUGGAGAGGAUCGAAUUGGACUUCUUGUGGCUGCUAUCACAUCCGAUCUAUUUGAUGUAGCUUUGGCACUGCUCCGUAACCAUCCUGAAUUAGCUACAACUCGAGAUGCAAAUGGUGAAUCAGCUCUUCAUGUGUUGUGCCGAAAGCCAGGUGCAUUUUACAGUGGAACUCAAUUGGGCCUUUGGAGGGGAUGCAUCUAUUCAUGUAUCCAGGUGCCAUUUAUGGGGUCCUCUGGUUCUAUGCAAGAUGAUCGUCUAGGUCGACGUAUUCUCCGAGCGAUAGGAAGAAGUGUUGCUCAUCUUGUCCCAGAUGCAAAUUUGAUAUACUACAUGAAGCUCAGUCACACUCAAGCCCUUGAGCUGGCAAAGCGACUUUGGGAUCUGAUAUUGCAUCUAGACAAUGCGAGUGUUAAAGAGUUCAUCAGGACACCCACACGGCUGCUUUUCACAGCUGCAGAGCUCGGAAUGGUAGAGUUCUUAACCAUUCUGAUUCGCUCCUAUCCUGACCUGAUUUGGAAGGUUGACGAACAUUCUAGAAGCAUAUUCCACACGGCAGUGGUGCAUCGACAAGAAAAGGUCUUCAGUCUUAUCAAUGAGAUAGGAGCACUGAAGGACUUUAUAGCUAUUUAUAAGGAUGAAGAGAACAAUAACAUGUUGCACUUGGCUGGGAAGCUUCCCCAUCCAAGUCGACUGAACACAGACAAUGGUGCAGCUUUGCAGUUGCGACGUGAGAUAUUAUGGUUCAAGGAAGUGGAGAAAAUUGUGCAACCGCUAUAUAGCGAGAUGAAGAAUGCAGAUGGGAAAACUCCUCACGAUCUGUUUGCAACAGAACACAAGAAACUGGCAAGAGAUGGGGAGAAGUGGAUGAAGGAAACUGCAUCUUCCUGCAUGGUCGUCGCAACCCUCAUCACCACCAUGAUGUUUGCAGCGGCUUUCACUGUUCCUGGUGGAAACGACCAGGAUACAGGCAUGCCCCUUCACCUCCACACCAAGUCGUUCUUGAUCUUUGUUAUAUCUGAUGCACUUGCUUUGGUCUCUUCGGCGACAUCCAUCUUGAUAUUCCUGUCCAUGCUGACCUCACGAUAUGCUGAAGAGGACUUCCUCUCCUCGUUACCAAACAAGCUGCUCACCGGGCUUCUCACCCUUUUCAUCUCCAUCGCCACCAUGAUGAUGGCCUUCAGCUCCACCCUUUUCAUGACCCUUGGCUAUAGUUAUACAUGGACUACUGUGACCAUCACAACCGUUGCUUGUGUCCCUGUCUUGAUGUAUGCUUUCCUGCAAUUCCGUCUCGUCGCUGACAUCAUUAGUCAUUCUUAUACCACCAGUAUCUUCUUCCACCCUAGAAACUGUUUGCUGGGCUGAUAAGAGAAAACAAUAAGCACCAUUUUUGAACAUCGCCCAUCAAAUAUGACCAUCAUUGUAAAGGUUUAUACAAUGUAUAUAGCAAUUUUGAUACAAGUACAUAGAGACACAAAUUCAGCCGAGUCAUGGUGUUCAUCUUCCUUUCUUUGAUCCAAACAACAUCUUUUGCACACAAGAAAUUCAAGGCUUCCAUUAAGCUCCGAUUCUCUUUCUGAUCCAGCUUCAUUUGGUGUUCUUCUAAGCGAAGCUUCCAUCUUCUCUUAAUGCUUACAGGCUAUAAUCAAGUAAACUCCUUGCUGCCUUUCAAGCUUCAAACUCAAGCUUACUACACCACCUCAGAGCUCUUUUUUGGCUUCAAAUUUCUGACUUUCUUCCACAGCUUCGUCUCCUCCACUACAGUUGUAGUUGGCUAAUGAUUUUGCUCGCAUACAAUCUUCCCAACCUUGGCAUAUUUCUCAAUGAACUUCAAGCUCGGAGGCGUGUAAUGAAUUAGCACUCAACAGUAAUAAAUAGAAAGUGGGAAGGCUUAAUUGUAACACUCUUCUAUCCUCAGUUAACAUAACAUCAUGAGCCUGAAUACACGUUCUCAACUCUUCAACUACGCCUAUUUUUCUCCUUCUUCCUUCUCUCGGCCUUGGCCUCAGAUAGGAGUAAGCUCUCUUCGAGCUGAAUUCCCUUCGACCCACCUAGAAAAGUCACAACCCUUUUUGGAUCCUGCACCACGAGAUAUUGUAGUUAACAGACAAAACACACAAAUGAAAAUGGAAUUUCACCACCUCACGCUUACCCUCCAAUAUGGACAACCAUAAAAUUGUUUGCUUGGAUUUGACUCAGUACCAGAUCGAUUUACCACAUAAAGAGCAUUAUGGUAGCAACGAGCCACCCCACAACUAUUGAAACUUGUCGAAGAUGAAGAAGCCCACUGUGACAUGACGAACCCUCGCAAUAUUGGACAUUUUCAAUGGCUACUAUUUGAGCAUUACUAUUUAAUAAUUAUUUUUAUUAAAAUUUAUUUAUGAUUAUUAUAUAAAUUUAUUUAUUUAUUUAUAAAUUUUAAUAAAUUUUUUCUAUAAUAAUAUAUUUUUCUUAUUUGCCACUCUAUUUGCAUACUACAUUUUUAUUCCAAACUAUAAUUUCCUUCUCCCCUUCCUACCCUACCAAUUUACACCCUUUCAAUUUUCAUUUUAACUUGCACCCUCCAAUUUGAACCACUGCCAAACAGUGUACCUUCAAAUUCAAUAGCUCAAUUUGCUUUGGAUGGGAGAAUAAACAUUGUUUCAUAUGCAUUUUGACGUCGCAAUCUACCCAUCCAAACAUUACAAUACGUUAAUUCAUAUGGACAAAAACCCGAUUGCAUUUACAAGAAUAAUUAUUUCUAUUUUUAAGAGGCCAAUUAUGAGUUAUUAUUUCUCCAUUUAUUAUGUAGGGAAAAGAUGUGAAGUUGUCAAUAUCCUAGAUUUAAUUCCCCUAGAAGUAGAACACAUUAAUCAAAAUUGAGAGUUUUU